UAGUGUAAAUUGGUUCAGUCAUCACCGAAGUGGCUUUAGUUGUGGAAUAUACCCGGAACCCGAAAUUUCCGCAAUUACCGAUAGUGGACGACAUAUUCCAAGAAUCUUUGAUUCAUGUACAAUAUUGGUUUGUGAUCAUAAAAAUUCUAUCAGUUGUUGAAAUACUGCUUGUUGAAGAUAAAUUUUUACUAGACAUUUCAUAGCAGGAUUGUCGUAUAUUUGUAAUGAUGAUAGUGUAUUUUACAGAGCUUCGAAACUAGUGAUAGCGCUAGUGAUUUCAAGAAAAAAUGUGAGUAGUUUCGUGCGCUUGUGGCAUUCUCGUCUGGCUUGUAAUUCUGAUUUUGUCAAAACCGUCAAAACCUAGUAUGACCCUAGGGUCACUCUGAAGUUAAAGACCAUCACUGUUACAGCUUUUUUUUUUAAACAGAAAAACACGUGCUCAAAUCAAUAAAAACUCCAUGGUUAAUUAUUCUUCAAAUCAUAAAAUACCAUUCCAAUACACCGUUCCUUGAAAACGAUUUAUUGACGAAAAAUUUAGGUACCCUCUAGCAAGACUGUUAAAGUUGAACUGUAGGUAGUCCAGGAACUAUCGCAUUGUGCCCGGUUUGAACAGAGGAGUUUAAUAUUUUUUUGAAAAAUAUGUGAUCAAAGCCACCUAACCAUCUGUAUCUACAGCAUCAAAUAACCAUGCGUCUCCAUUGAAACUCUUGCAAAGCAAGCACAUGGUGUUCUAUUUGUUUCAUAGUCAUAGUACCGGAUGUUUCCAUUUUUACAACAUGCACACUAGAUAUUCCACAAAAAAAAUUGAAAACUUAAUCGGCCUACCUCUGAAUCAAUCCUUAGUUAUACCAGAAGUACACGGUCUAAAUUUGAACUAAAUGGGAUACUGGAUCAAUCAACCAUUUCGCCAGGAUGGUGUACCCCCGCCUUUAUCAUUGGGCUGGAGUCGCCUAUGCAGGUUAUAUGUGUUCUACAUGCAUAAGAAUUAAUUUCAAUGUCAUUCACCGUAAGAAAAUAGUGUUGGUGGUAUGAGUGAGUUAUUACAUUAACGAAUGGCAUCAGGCUGUUCCAAUAAUAAUAAUAGAUAUCCUUAUCAUUUAAUUACUGACCUAUACUGUUUACAAAUAAAAUAAAACUGUUAUGGCUGUGUCAUGGUACACCAUUUCACUAUAUCAGCACCGAGUAGCACUGUAUUUCAUCGAUUAUAGAAAAUGGUAUGUGAAAUGGGUAUAGGAACCCGUCGAUCAGCCGCUAAACACACAUGAUAAUGGCAAAAAUUCACUCCGUAACGGAUUCGAGUUUUACUCUGAUCUCACCAGUCUUCUUUCGGCAGCCACUCAGCAUGGAGUACUUGUCAGUAGUUCUGUUCAUUCUACUACUAUUACUAAUCCUCUUCGAGCUGUACCUACGCUCACGUUCCAGCUAUCGAGCAGCUAAGCAGUUCCCGGGUCCUCAACCGUUACCACUCGUGGGAAAUGCGUUAAGCCUACUAUUCAACGAUCAAGUCAGUACUUUCAUAUUGCCACGCGGAUGGGCGCAUAGAUUCAGAGACAGCUACGUACUGCUAGUUCGCGGCGAACUCAUCGUUAACGCAAUACGGGCGAAGGAAACCGAAACGCUACUAUCCAGCCCACGAUUGAUCGAUAAGGGUAUAAUCUACAACUUCCUACAUCCGUUUAUGGGUUUAGGUCUACUGAACAGUACCGGUCAGAAAUGGUUCCAUCGGAGGAAGAUCCUAACGGCAGCUUUCCAUUUCAAUAUUUUACCGAAAUUUUUGGUAACGUUUCAUGAAGAGUGCGACAAAUUACGGCGACAGUUGGAUGCAGAUGUGAAUCAGAAUAAGUGCAGCAUUUUACAACAACUGGCCGCACGAUUUACUCUCAACACAAUCUGCGAAACUGCUAUGGGCGUGAAGCUCGAUUCAAUGACUAUGGCUGACGAGUACCGAUCGAACCUACAGGGGAUGAUCAAGCUGCUACUUUACCGUGUGAUGAACCCUUGGCUGUUCGAAGAUUUCACUUACAAAAUCCUAGGAUUCCGAGCUGAGCUGAACAAGCUACUCAAACCAAUUCAUGCCUUCACUCGAUCAGUGAUCAAACAGAGACGAGAACUGUUUCAUGCGAAUGUUAAAAACUUGGAUGAAUUUGCUGAAGAGAAUAUCUACCUGAACACUAAUCAACGGUACGCUCUGUUGGAUACCCUGCUAGCUUCCGAGGCGAAAGGACAAAUCGAUGAUGAAGGAAUUCGCGAAGAAGUUGAUACAUUCAUGUUCAGAGGACACGAUACGACAGCUUCAGCUUUUACUUUUAUCUUUCUUCUGAUCGCCAAUCACACGGACAUUCAACAGCAACUAUUCGAGGAAAUCGAAAUGAUCAUUUCGGGUCGCGGAAUCUCCCAAGAUCGUAUGACCGUGGCGGAUUACAAUGAUCUCCGAUACAUGGAUAGGGUAAUCAAAGAAUGCCUCCGACUGUAUCCACCGGUUCCGUUCAUCGCUAGAAUGACUUCAGAGGAUACCCUGUUCGGCGAUCGAUUGGUUCCGAAAGAUUCGAUGGUCAACGUACAUCUGUACGAUUUACACCGAGAUCCGGAACAGUUUCCCGAUCCGGAACGAUUCGAUCCGGACCGAUUUUUGCCGGAAGCUGUGGAGAAGCGUAAUCCGUAUGCGUACGUUCCAUUCAGUGCCGGGCCGAGAAACUGUAUCGGUCAACGAUUUGCAAUGCUCGAGUUAAAGGCGAUUUUGGUAUCUGUUCUUCGAGAAUUUCGAGUUCUUCCAAUAACCAAACGAGAGGACGUAGUUUUUAUCGCUGACAUGGUCCUCCGUUCCAAAGACCCCAUUCAAGUGAAAUUUGAACGCCGUGCCUAAAGUGAAUGGAAAUUUCUCUGCACUUCUACAACAUUGAGAAACUAGCUACUACCUACUGCAGACACUAUAUAUUGCAUAGUACUAUAAUAAUGUGAGGCUGAUUUAUAUGUUGUUAUACCUAUCAUAGUGUGUAUAAAUUCUAGAAUAUCUCAAUAAAAGAUAAU